AAAGAUUCACUGCCUAGUUUCCACCACACAUUCCUCUGCUGUGAAGGAGAGAGCAGAACUCUGCAGCAGCUUCGUGCUCUUUGCUCGUGGAUCCUCCGGCGGAUGAAAUGUUCUUCAGAGGUGGAAAGAUUCAUAAGUGACGAUCAUCUGCUGCCGAGUUUCCACCACAUCUUCCUCUGCUGUGAAGGAGAGACGGAAGCUGCGGAUGGAGACCCGCAGAGCAGGUGUCCAGCAGCUGCUGGUGGUGAUGAAAGAAGAAGAAGAUGCUACUGAGCAGCAGGAGUGCAGCUCCAGUCUGGAUCAGGAGGGACAAGAACCUCCUCUCAUUAAAGAAGAACCAGAAGAAGAAGAUCUCGACCAAAUCAAAGAAGAGGCCACCCAGUUCUCCCUCACUCCUGUCCAGGUGAAGAGUGAAGAUGAUGGAGCAACCAGCAGCUGGACUCAACACAUGAAGACAGAAGCUGAUGGAGACACCUGUGGAGGAGCAGAAGCAGCCAGUGACUUGGAUACACCUCUCCUCCCUGACCACCAGAGGUCGCCUUGUUCUGACUCUGACACGGAAGACAGUGAGGACUGGAGAGACACCACUCAAUCAGGUACUGUGGGGACUCCAGACGUUCAUGUCAGUGAGAAGGAAGAUGAAGCUGAUGAAUCGCUGAUCUGCUCUGGAUGUGGGAAGAAAUGUGCUUCAAAGACUGGACUGAAUCGACACAUGAAAUCCUGCAGUGGACCUCUGACUUGUUCUAUUUGUCUAAAGUCUUUUUUAAGGAAACGCUAUCUGAUCAUUCACAUGAAACGUCACGCUGGAAAAGCACCAUUCAGCUGCUCUCACUGUGGUAAAUGUUUUUCGCAGAGUGCUGACCUUGCAACUCAUCUGAAAGUUCAUGGAGAAAAACCUUUUGUCUGCUUCCAGUGUGGUGAAUGCUUCACACAGCGUGGGACCCUGAAAGCUCACGUGAGAGGUCACACUGGAGACCAGCACUUCAGAUGCUCUCAGUGUGGUCAAAGCUUUACCUGCAGCCAUUCCCUGAAGAAGCACAUUAGAACUCACACUGGUUAAGAACCCGUCAGUUGCUGUCACUGUGGCAAAUGUCUGUGGAGACAACUGGAGUCCACGUGUGUGAUAAAUCUGGAUUUUAAAAAAACAAUUUAAGGUCACAUUCUAGUUUUCAUAUCCCACUGAAUUUAGGAACCUUUUCUACACACAUUGAUAAAUUGGCCUUCAAGAACUGAAGAUCCCUCUUGAGACCUUCGGACCAGUUGGAGUAAAUACUUUGGUUUGUUUCUCGUGUUUACUCCACAGCCAGAUUUUCUGCUAUAACUUGGUGUCUGCGCUGAAGAGGUCCACCUGCUCACAGCAGUGUUGUUGAUCAUUCGAUUGUAUCCGGUUUAUUUGGCGGCUGAUCUGUGGAUUUGAGCUUCACCCAGCGUCAGUUUAUUGAGUUGAGUCACCAGCUCUCACAGUCAUGAUGAAAUAAAGUGAAUUGUUGGUUCAAGCUGGCGUCAUUAACAUCUCAGGGCUGAGUUAACUUGGAGUUCGCUUGUUUAACAUCAGUAAACUGCAGGUUGUUCUCUGAAUAUUUCACAAUAAUAAAAAGAA